AAUAUGGGUAAUAAAACAUUAUGCUGUUCUGGCUCUGACCAUUUUGGAAGCGGCUCAAAAAUGAGCUUAUAACCUAAUGUUGCUGCUCAUGCAUCCUUUGCUGGUUGCCAAAUUAAAUUAAGCUACAGCAAGCUAUUAUUUAAUGAAGAUGUAGACACAAUUGUUCUCAUCGUAAGUACGAGAUUAAAAAUGGGAUAAAACAUGGAGGAUCUACUUAAGUAUUUCUAUAUCUAAUUAAAAUAGAAAAUAUGGUGGAUAGGCUGUAAUGAAUGAACUGAAAUAAGUACGUUUAAAUGAAGGUGGAAAACUUGAAUUAGGAUAAGUAGUAUAUACACACGCAGGAGAUGUAUUAAUUUUAGGCAACAAUAAUAGAUGGACUUUGAUUACAUUAUUUACACAGUACUUUCAAGCGGUUGUGAAACUACAAUGAUGAUGCCAAAAAGUUCUUGUAUAACUGAUGGUUCUACUGAUUUUCAACCAAGUGAAUCUUUACAAGAGGGUUUAAGGUAAUAAAUAGAUGGAGUCCAUAUUUAUACUGAUAAGAUGAUUGAUUCACAAUAGACACAUGAGAGAUAAAACAUCUAUGAAUGCAUGAUUAAUUGUUUACAAUUAGCAGCAAACUUAGGUGUCAAAUCAAUUGCAUUUCCAUUGUUGGAACCAUUCAAUGGGCAUAUUUCUAAAUCUAAAAUAGCAGCAAUCAUGCUAUUUGCUAUUAAGUAGUUUUUAAAAGACAAUCCAAAGAGUUCUUUAGAAGAAAUUAAAAUUAGCUCUCAGGUAAUUAAACCAAUUACUAAAUUAGGACAAUUAAGUAAUUCGUUUAUUUAAAUACAUCAUUAAUCAUAUAUUGUGUGAUAACCAAGACACUACAAUUGAUCAAAAAAAUGGGUCUGGAUUAAAAAACAAAGACUUGAAAUCUAGUUCUAUAUAUAGCAGCGACUAUGAUGAAAAUGAGUAAAUUGAUUAAAUGAAGGUUGACGACUUAAUGAAAUUUUUCCAUGCCUAUGAUGGCGGAAAUGAAACCAAUAAACGAAAAAGUUCUUUUUGAUUCAAUUGCCC